UACAACUGCACACACCUGCUGCUAUAUAUUUUUAGUAUUUUCUUUAGCAUUAUUUAUAUUACUAUUACUGCUGCUACAGUCUUAUGCUGCAUUAAAACAAAAACACUUACCAACCACAACCUGGGACUACGUCAAGUAGACAAGUACACACAGGGCGCACUGUGGAACACUUUAUUAUAUGUUAUGUGUAGGUCCUGUCUUGUUACAUCCUGUAUGUACCUAAAUGUUGUGCAACGUAAUUUCAAUUCCUUUGUAUGGCAAGUACAUCUGAAGAGAAUUGACAAAUAAAACUGACUUUGACUUUGAUCACUUUUCCCUACUCCAUUUAAGUAACAGGAUGCAUGUAUAAAAUUGUAAAAUGAAGCCUCGAGUUUGUAAAUGUCAUCUUAAAUGUACUGUCAUACAAGGCAAUUUACAGGAUGAGCUAUAGUCAUGUCUAAGGCUUUACAUAUUUAAACAUUGGUCUUACAUUUUCCUGUAAAGGUAGUAUUCUUCUGUAAAAAUGUAACUGGGGACAUGACAAUGUUUUUGUUCUUUUUAAUUCUGCCUUGUCAGAUGGACAUUUGUUGUCCAUGGUGGGAUAGAUGGUUUUUCUAGGUUAAUUGUCUACCUUAAAGCUGCCACCAACAACAAAGCUACAACAGUUUUUGAUGGUUUCUUGUCAGCAAUCAGACAAUAUGGCAUACCGUCCGGUAAGAGGUGUUUACCAAAUACAGUAUGCCAAAAAACUCUGUAUUGGACAGUAGUUAUAUUCAGAUUGUUACUCUCACUGACUCGGAUGAAACUUCUCUACUUUUUUUCCAGGUCAGACAAAGGGGGGGAAAUGUGAAGGUUGCACAUUUCAUGGUGCGGACAAUGGGGGAGAACAGAAACUCUCACAUUACAGGCAGAAGUGUUCACAACCAGCGCAUUGAGCGCCUGUUGAGGGAUGUAUAUGAAAACGUCCUUGACCUUUUCUACACAAUCUUCACCCAGCUGGAGAUUCAAGGACUGCUCAACCCUGGUGAAGAAAUGGACUUGUUUGCACUGCACAGAUGCUUUUUGCAUCACAUUCAACAUCAUCUUCAGUCAUUCCAGGAAGCAUGGAAUCAGCACGGACUCAGAACAGCAAACAACCAUUCACCCCUGCAACUCUGGUUGCUGCACAGAAAGGAGGGACAAGAUUUGUCACAGGUUGAUGAGGAUUAUGGUGUGGACUGGACAGGACCACAUAAUCACCGCCCAUCAAAUGAGAUCACCAUUCCUGAGAUUCAGCUCCCACGUGCACUGAAUGAACGAGACCCUGCUGAGCUACCAAACAACAACGUUUCACUCAGUCAAGCUUUGGAUGCCUACUGUGAAACUGUUCAGUCACUCAAACUUAUGUUUGAUAACACACCUUAACUCUUCAAAGUAAGCAGGUGCAAUAUGUU